AAAUAUGGAACUAUCCUCAGGUCACAAAUAUGAUAACGUUACGGAUUGGACCAAUCAUAUAGGGGAAAUAUCUGACCGUGAUAAUACAGCUCUCAGAGAAGUAGAUAAGACAGGCAACAUAGGAGCACAUGGGAAACGUGAACCAGUAAGCGAAGAGCAAAGGAAAUUUGACGAAGUAAGACAUCUGAUUGAAGAUUCGAUAGAAGAACUUUUUCAAAGCUCAGUGCCAAGAAACGAUGUUGGUUUAUAUCCAGAAAGAGUCUUCAACAGGGAAUAUUUUUCAAGAAAGACAAUGAUGAUGAGGAAUCAACGAUUGGUUAUGAAGCCGGUAAUCAGUUUCGAUAUUUGAAUCACACUGAUUUUUGUAUAUAAAUAUUGUUAAAGAUAUGCAAUCUUCUACAUGUUCUAUAUAUCUAUCAAAGGAAAAUAACCCUUUUACUUCUGAAUUUGUCAAACGAACGAAAUUCGAAGCAUAACUAACAAAUUUCCAGUUAGCAUCAGUAUAUUCAGUUUUACAUUAAAACCGAAAUCGUGUAUAUACAUUGUAUUGAUCAUGUUGAUAGAUGAUGCGAAAUAUGUUUAUCUGAUACUACUAGUAAUACCGUUUGUUUUUAAAAGGACGAAUUACAGCUUUUCACAUUUAGAAAUAAAAAUUAUGAUAAUAUUUGCAUGAGCAUCAAAACAUAUGUUUACAAAGGCCGUUAAUUUGGCUC